AAUUCCAUAACCGCAACAACACAACACACGUUAAAGGAUGGCAGCUGAGGAUGUCCGUGUUCGAGUCUGCUUACAGGAAAUCGUGAAAUUGCAGCUAGAAAUAACAGCAUUCAUUCAAGACAUUCGUGAAUGUGACGGGCCCCUGGACAGAUUGAUGACAAUCAAUUCAGAGGUCCGAGAAAAUCUUGGAAAUUUGAAAUCCAAGCUACAGGAUUUGGAGAGGAUGGGCAAUGAGCAGGAUAAAGAAUCUGACAAACAGACGAUUUUAAGAGAUGUACAAAAUCACAGGAAGAGCAUGGCUAGCACUAUUGUUUCCUUGCGACAAGCCAAUCUGAUGGCAAACCUAGCUAUUGACAAAAAAGAAAAGGAAGAUUUGCUCAAGGGGAGCACAGAUGUCCGAAAAAGGAAUAUUAACAAUAAAGAGUCCUUGGUAAGCUCAGCUAAUAGCAUCACCGAGAGCUUGAUGAGUCUGAGUAAGAUGAUGUCUGGUCAGGUGGUACAGAGUCAAGACACAAUCUCCAGCCUAGAAUCUUCAUCAAACACCAUAACUGGAACAAGAGAGGAAUUCCGAAGCAUGUCUGGACACAUCCAAAACUCCAGAAAACUGCUCACGAAGUACAACAGACGAGAAGUCACAGACAAGCUGCUAAUCUUCCUGGCCUUAGUGUUUUUCUUCUCAACUGUUCUCUACAUUGUGAAGAAGAGAAUAUGGUCAUGACAAAUUAUAAACUUCUCCACUGUCUUCAUCUGUAAAUAUGCGUACAUUAAAAUGCCUAUAUACAAAUUAAAAUAAUUCCUGUGCAAUA